UGCAGCAGCCUCGGCUCCCGUCCAGCACUUGUCUGGGAGAAAAGUGGUGGACUCGCCCAGAGAGACUCUUUCCACCUUCCUUCUCUCUCGAUCGCUCUGUGUGCUUUCGUGUUUCUUUCUUUCUUUUUUUUUUUUUUUCACUUAAUUAUAUUCCUAAUCCUGGAUGAAGUUGCUGGAUUCUGCAGCACAAGUCUUCAUGACCGAGCAGCACCGCUCAGAGAUUUCACGGCAUUCAAAGGUCACAGAACUGCCACUAUGGUUAAAUGUCUUGUUUAAUGGUUGAGAGGUGUGGCGAAAUCUUGUUUGAAAACCCUGAUCAGAAUGUCAAAUGUGUUUGCAUGCUAGGAGAUGUGCGACUGAGGGGUCAGACGGGGGUUCCUGCCGAACGCCGCGGCUCCUACCCGUUCAUUGACUUCCGCCUCCUCAACAAUACAACACACUCAGGGGAAAUUGGCACCAAGAAAAAGGUGAAAAGACUGUUAAGCUUUCAAAGAUACUUCCAUGCAUCGAGGCUGCUUCGUGGAAUUAUACCCCAAGCCCCUCUCCACCUGCUGGAUGAAGACUACCUUGGACAAGCCAGGCACAUGCUCUCCAAAGUGGGAAUGUGGGAUUUUGACAUUUUCCUGUUUGAUCGCUUGACAAAUGGAAACAGCCUGGUAACACUGCUGUGCCACCUCUUCAACACCCAUGGCCUCAUUCACCAUUUCAAGUUAGACAUGGUGACUUUGCACAGGUUUUUAGUCAUGGUUCAAGAAGAUUACCACAGCCAAAAUCCAUAUCACAAUGCUGUCCACGCGGCCGAUGUCACCCAGGCCAUGCACUGCUACCUGAAGGAGCCAAAGCUCGCCAGCUUCCUGACACCUCUGGACAUCAUGCUCGGACUGCUGGCUGCAGCCGCACACGAUGUUGACCACCCAGGGGUGAACCAGCCAUUUUUGAUCAAAACUAACCACCACCUCGCCAACCUGUAUCAGAAUAUGUCCGUGCUGGAGAAUCACCACUGGCGAUCUACAAUUGGCAUGCUUCGAGAAUCAAGGCUCCUUGCUCACUUGCCAAAGGAAAUGACACAGGAUAUCGAACAGCAGCUGGGCUCCCUGAUCUUGGCAACAGACAUCAACAGGCAGAACGAGUUUCUGACCCGACUGAGAACUCACCUCCACAAUAAAGAUUUAAGACUGGAGGAUGGACACGACAGGCACUUUAUGCUCCAGAUUGCCUUGAAGUGUGCUGACAUCUGCAAUCCGUGUCGAGUCUGGGAGAUGAGCAAGCAGUGGAGCGAAAGAGUCUGUGAGGAAUUCUACAGGCAAGGUGACCUUGAACAGAAAUUUGAACUGGAAAUCAGUCCUCUCUGUAAUCAACAGAAAGAUUCAAUCCCUAGUAUACAAAUUGGUUUCAUGACCUACAUCGUGGAGCCACUCUUCCAGGAGUGGGCCCGCUUCACCGGACACAGCGCCCUGUCGGAGAACAUGCUCGGCCAUCUCGCACACAACAAAGCCCAGUGGAAGAGCCUGUUGCCCAAGCCGCACAGAGGCAGCGGCGGUGGGGGGGGCGGGGGCAGCCCGGACCUCGCAGGCCAAGGGACUGAGAAGGAGGCGCAGACUGUGACCACAGGUGACACCCCCUAGUGCCAGCCAGGCCUGCCCCUGGCUCUGCACACUGAGACUGGGAACCUCCUCGAGCAGAGGCCCCCUGGGAGGGGAGAAACCCUGAGGGGUUCUUGCCAUGAACCCAGCCACUCUCUGGGUCUCCUCCUGGGCCCUUUGGAAUGCCGCCCUCCUCAUACCUACCUGCCUCCCUCCUUUGUCCAAGUGUACAGAAGCCAUUCGCCACCUCAGUCGCCACCUCAGCAUUAGCUGCCGAAUGAGCAAGUCCAUCCAGUGACGUGGGAGCUGACCCCAGGGGCAGUCUCGCCCCACCAGGAGGAGAUCAGGGAGUAGGAGAGAGGUGCUGCUGCUGUGUCCCCCACGGCCUGGGUCACACCGGGUCACCCCGGGACGGGCAGCAGCCCUCAAGCCAGAUCGUCCUAGCGUCUGCCGUCUGACUGCUGAUCUGCGUGACGAAAACACCAGCAUAUUUGGAACUCCAACGAUAUUGGUCUUAAGUGCAAGAGCACAAUGAGAGUGUGAGAGAAAGUACCUUCUAUUUUAAUAAUAAUUAUUAUUAAAAAAAAAAUAAUAAAUCUUUUUAACUUUUCUAUUGUAUGCACUAGACAAUGGAUCUAAAACUCUGGACUAAGGUUACUCGGUGUACCCAAACCUGAACAGGGGGUUCAUUGUUUUGUUACUGACUUUAUGCCACUUUGGGGCAGAGCUCUGGCAUCUUCUCAGUUCCAGAAACCCCGUUUCCCACCCGAUCCGAGGGAAGGUGCUGUACAGUCCAUUCCUUUGCACCGUUAGCCAAUCUGUCUUUUACCAAUAACUCAGAUUCAGUGACAUGUUUCUAUUCACACAUGUACAUUUUCUGUAAAUACCAGGCGCUACUGAGUCCCGUGCCGAAAUACGUGAGUAUUGUGGGAUCGCUACCUGUAUCAACAAUGGCACUGUGAACAGAUACUGUUAGUUUUAAUACAAGAGAAUGCAUCUGUAAAUAUGGUAUAGAGUUUAUUAAUAUACGAUUGUUUGCAGAUAAAGGCCUUAACUUUAAACAUCUUUCAUCUUCUGAAAGCUGCCCAACUUUAAAUCCUCAUAGAUUGUCCUUCUGAGCUGCCUUCCCAUGUCCAUCUUUCUGCUUUCCAGCUAAGGUCACAAACCAAAACUGAAUAAAGUCUUUGAGGAAAUAUUUUGGAAACUUCACAUGCAUUCCGCUUGAGACCAUAGUGUUUAACCUAUGGCACCAAGCAGCGUUUCCUCAGACUAAUGAGGAGACCCUGCAGCCAGCCGGAACGCCCUCUUCAACACAGCGACGUUGCACACGGUUCUGACGAGUCGGCUGAUAAGCUCGUGUUUGUGUGACUCUUGUCAUCCAACGUGGCAGUGUGUCAACCUCGCAGGAGACGUAGCAGGUCUCACAAACCUUCUGUGACCGUGUCAUCUAACCGUCAGGGAGCUUCCUGUACCCCUACCCCACUUCCGUCUGCUAUGGCUACAGUACCAAAGCACCUUUGGCUUAUGGUUGGCGUGCAUUUCUUUGGUGUUAAUAGUAACUGGAUUUUUCUUUUUCCUUAAUUUCAUGUGAACAACUACCCAACUGUUUAGCUGAAGUUAACGUUAUUUAAGUGAAGAAAAUAUUUCAGUUUUCUGACAGAAUUGGCCUUCCUGGCAGGUUGUUGUGGUCAAUUAUGGCUCCAGAGUCAACUUGGAAUUUUGUUGUCGUUAUUUCUGCAGACGGCCAUAAAAUCAGUUUGUUACAGCAUUCUCCAGUCGGCUAAACUCUGUGCAUUCAACCUUUUCUUUAGAAGUUCUAGCAUAACUAAUGUUAGAUGAAAACUGGCAACGCCCUUUCUUUUUACCUUAAACAAUAUGGUGGCGGGAGAAGGAUACUGUGAUCGUUUCUGCCACUGCCGAGCUGUUCUGCAAGCUGAGGGCAUGGCAGCUAACUCUCACUUCCUAAGUGCACCUGUUUUUUCCUCCUAACAUACAAAUGGAAUGUUUGAGACUUGACAGGAUUGUAAUAAGUUCCUGUAGAGAGACUGAGGCUUGCAGAGUCAGGGUUUAGGGGAAAUUCUGGAAAGUUGGUUAUAUUUUCAUUAAAGUAGGAGACAUUGUCAGAUGGUACUAAAGAAAGUGUGAAAAACCUCAUGAAAUGGAUGGACAAUAAUUCGAAAUCGUUGAUGUGGGUAAGAAGGGAAGUUGUAAAAACUUAGCACUAACUUCGUUCUUGUUUUUCUGUAACAACUAUGAACUGACACAUGAAUCUUUAUUUCUUUAACACUCUGAAGCUCUACGCUCGGUGAGGCCCCAAAAGAACAUGAUGAAUGUAUUCCUGCUUCCAAAUCUCCCUUAUUUUGGUUUGGUGAUGCAGACAGGGCUUUGGAGCUGUCUGUUUUUAAUGUACAUGAGAUCAAACCACGGACAGCCAUUCCUGGAGACGACACAGUGGAGAUAAGACAGAAGAUGCUAAUGGGGCCUCUACCUUGAGUUUAGGAAAUGGACUUGGUUUAAAUUAUAUUUAUAUCAUAACUUAAAUAAAAAGAUUGAGGUUUUUUUAGUAGUUCCAAGUUUAUAGGACAAAAGUGUGUAUGUUACAAUUAGGUCUUGAAGAAGAGCUCACAGAGAAAACUACCAAAUAUCUGACGGUUAAGCCUAUGAAGCAGCUACUAGCACAAUAAAAUCUGAAGUAAAAUGAGACAUGAUGUAUCAACUAGAUGCAUCUGUGUCCUUCUUUCAACCAGCUGGAGAUUUCUUGAGUUCUUCAUUUUUUGGCAAAAAAAAAAAAAAGAGAGAAAAAUGUGAAAACUUUUUCUUGCCUACUAGUGGCUCUCUUGCAAUAUUUCCGUAGGAGUCCAAUUACUAGUUAAGACACAGCUGUUGGACCAUCCAUGGUCCACAGUCCUAGUCCAUGAACCAUCAAUAGCUGACUGAUCAAGUUUAAUUCUUUCAUUGCUUGAGAAGAAAGGAAUCAAAGGGCUAUUUUUGGUCAGCGAAAGGUAGAGUUAAAAUCAAAUUAAGAGAGAGAAUAGAGAUCACUGCCAGGCCUGACAGGCAAAGCCUGCUUUUCCUUUUUAUAGCAUCCGUGAGUAGUCAGAACCUUGUUCAUGGAACUCGGACCUCCUCAUAUCUCCCUGCUGGGCUGAGUAAAACUCCCACUCUGUCUCUACCUGCUUAAGGCCUCUCUCGAAGGACGCGGAGCGUGUCCUGCACACCGUCUACAGACAGUGCUUCCUACAAAACACAGACUUGUUUUGUAACCUUUUCUCAUGUUGAUUCAGAUCUGCUCACUGAUUUGAAAGUUGAUUAUGAGCUUGUAUUUCACUGUAUUUCUUAUGCUUUGUUCUUUUAAGCGAACCCUUAAAAUUGUGUUGUUUUGUGUACACAGGUGAGAUUUGGGGGAAAAAAAACCAUCUUGUGACUUUUUGCUCAAAAUGUGGCCUAAAUAUCC